GUCCUUUCAAUCGAUAGCUGGGCUUCCGGCGUAUCAGGAACCAUGCCGAAAGUUUCCAAGGAGGCGAUGUUGGAUUUUCUGCAAUCUGGCGUUGGGUGCCUAUUGCUCAUUUUUUGGAUGUGAUGGCACUGCUGGGAGUGCAAGCUCUCCUAGAUCAGAAUGAUGCAGAACGACAGCACGCGGGAGCUGUUAAAGGACACCAAAGCGGUUCCACAUGCAGGCCAAAGAUUGAUCGAGCUGCAGAGAGCUGGGUGGGCUCCGCUGGGCUUCGAUGCGGACGUGGGCUGCAAGGCCUUGGACGAAAUUGAUUGUACAAAAGAAGGAAACAAAGAUCUCCUGGCAGCGCGCCAAGAGUUCAUGUUCACAGCCAUGAGAACGUAUCUGCAAGCCUUGAAGGACCGCAGGCCAGGGAGCCUCGAGAAGAAGAGGCCACUGCCAAGAGCAGUCAUCCUUGAGUUCUUUGACGCUUGCAACACCAGGAUGGAUCUGCCCGAAACCAGGGAGACCCUCCUGACGUACCUCGCCCAGCAUGGCAAAGUGCCGAAUGAGGUGAUCAUUAAGUUCCAGACUGACCUUCUUGAGGACCUGGGCUUCGAGAAGGAUCAUGGCUGCGCUAUGCUGUCGAGAAUUACGCAGGACUUUCCGAAGGACCCGGAGAUAGCGCAAAAGAUGCAGGUUUGGAUGAAGAAGGCAUCGCAGACCUGUAUGAGCGCCGUCAAGGCUCACCAGGAAGGGGGUGGUCAAUUGCCGCAGACACCCAUGAUGCCCAUGGUAGACAAGGAACUCACGGAAGAGAUGCAGCGCUUCAUCGCAGAGGCGAGAGAAAGCGUGGCCAAGAUGUCCGUCGAGGAGAAGAAGAGCUUCAUGAACGAGAAAACCUUCAAAAAGAUGCAGGUUUUCCAGAAUCUUCCUCCGGAGGGCAGGGUAGGAUAUGUGAAGCGCCUGGGGGAUGACGAGAAGGUGGAGUUCAUGAAGACGCAGAUGAUUGCCGUGGAGCUGAUGAGAAAAGAGUGGGAGGCGGGUCAGCCAGGUGGACCUUCCUGUACGAAGGAGGCGAUGCAGGGUCCGGCCGCGGCUCCCAGCCAGGAGCAGAUGAUGUGAAGAGAACCCCCGCGGUUGAAUGGACCGCGGCUGC